GACCUGGGCGGGCCACGGCGGGUCAACAACUUGAGUGCAGUCGUCAUUGCACCGUGGCUGGAUGCGAAAGCUUACGCGGACUAUCGCAUGCCUCGGCCGUUCCUUACCCAGCAGCAGAGCGAGGAGCUGCUGCAGGCGUGGUUCCAGGAUCCGACCGAUCGGCUGUACAACGUGCUGGAGAACAAGGCCGCUCGCCAGCUCUUCCAGUGGUUCCUGGAUCCGGCUUGGGACCGCGUUGGCCAGUACCGGCCAGGGGGAGCUCGCAGGCACGCCACGGACAGGUACUGUUCGCUUCAUGCCACGCUCCCCGACCACGUCGAGUGGACUGGCGCAACGGCGGGCCCCGAUCAGGCUCCGCUGGGGCCCGCGAAGGAGAAUCUGGGUCUCGACGAGGGCGUUCUUGGAAAAAGAAUGCUCGUGAAAAGUGUCGACCGCAUGACAACUUAUGGGGGCGUCAGCUACGACGACCUGGAGAAGCAUGUGAAAGACAACCCGAGUUUCGACUAUGUCCAGCACCGCGCGCACCGCCUAGCCUGGAGUGGUGGCUCCCGGCCCUAUGUCACCAUUCAGGGUCGUAGGGCGUCACUGAGGCUGCACUAUGAAGUUGAAUUUGCUGACAGCCUCGUGCAUUACGAAUGGUUACAGCGUUCAGACUACGUGUCCCCAGAUCGGGGACAGCGUGCCCUGGAAGGAUUCCCCGAGUUCGAUCUCGACCCUACUCCGCUCUACAAGGUGCCGAUGGCGAACUUCAACCUCCGGGGGCAG